CAGUUGCCGACGUGCUCAUCGACGGGGACGUCGCCGUACGACAAACCACGACUGCCCAUGCAAGCCGAUGGGUUUGAGCCUCAGGACCAAGGCAGGGCCGACAGUCCUGUCUUAGGCUCAUAUGCGCCGAACGGGCCAGAGCCCCUAGAGUUGGACCAAAAUGGCCAUGUUAUAGACUUAGGAUACCUUCGGGAUCAUCCCUCUGCUGCUCUUCCACCAUCCCCGUUUGAUCCCAGUAACGCCGGCAUGCGCUCUCGGCCACGGGCACCUACUCCUUCUGCCAGCCUUUCACCGGCGGAAGAUGACUGCUGGUCUCCAAGUUCUGUCCAGCAGUUCAGUCCACUCUCUCCACAGGCUUCUUACCUCAAUAUGGAGUCACCAGUCUCGAUAGCAUCCCCUAAUUCGCCGUCGACAGUCCAGCUGUCUCAUCCCCAUUCACCAGUCGUCCGCCCGUCCUCCUUUGGUGACGACUCAUCGUUUCUCCUGGAUGGCAAUUCAGCUCGUUUGUACGCACUCACAGCAAAAAUCCCCGGGCUCCCCGACCCCUCUCAGUUCCCUGACCCAUAUCCCUUCCGCAGACCCAAUAACUCACUGAAUUCUCCUGGCUACGGGUUCUCCUCGGGUGGAUCUUCCAGUGCGUCCACUAGAUCCUCUGCGUACACUUCCGGCGGUAGUGCUCUUGCUUCCAGCGACCACAGUCAUACGCGUAUCGAGUCUGAUGUGGAUGAGCCAAACCAAAGUGUCGGCGUCGCACAUAACGACGUCUUGCAGCCCAUUCGCGAUCUCAACACUUCUGCUUCAUUUUCACAGUCGCACCAAUACGAGCUCAGGCCAUGGUCGUCUGCGGGGGGCAGUCGGUCUCGAUCGUCGUCAAUAGGAAACAGCAAUACCAACCCACAAUCUGACCAUAGUCGGGUUCGAUCUCAGGGCGAACCUAGUUUCGAUACUUCCUGGUAUCCUGUCGACGAGCGGGACGAACUCGGCUUGACAAGUGAUGAAGAGACGGAUGAUGACCUGGGGGUCGACCUGGAUGUCGAGGGGUUAGAGGAUGAUGAUAGAAAGGAAGAGGAUGUUACAGCGGCUGUUGUAGUAGUGGAAGAAGGGCGUGGGUUGAUUGUUCAGGGCGAGGGCUUGCCUGUGUCGAGUCUUCAGGUUCAAGCAGGCACAACGCACCUGCUACUGGCAUCGUCUAGCACUCCGAAUGCAAUCCCAUCUUUCCUGACGGGUGUUCUUCCCCAGAUCAGUUCCUCGAUCCUCGUCCUUGACAUAUCCGCUAAUUUCCUCAGCGCCAUCCCUCCCGCUCUUGCGUCUUGCGUGAACCUCGAAGAGCUGAACAUUGCCUAUAACCCCCUUCGUGCUUUGCCUAUUUUUCUGGCUAACUUGACUUCACUACGGGUGCUCAUCGCCGAUAAAACCGGCAUCACGACGCUACCCUUUCCGCUUAGCGCUCUAGAGAAACUACAUACGCUCAGUAUCCGUCAAAAUAAGCUGCACUCUUUGCCCAGCUGGUUUUGCCUCCUCCCUUCUCUUCAGACGUUGCUUGUUGAGGGAAACCCCUUCCAAGGACCGUGGAAGGCGCUUGUCGAUCCCUUGCUAGCCAAGACACCUAUGACCCCUCCUUAUCCUCCGUCGACGCCAGUUUUCCCUCUCCCGUCCGCAAGCAUCCCGAGCAGUACCGCAGGCACGGAGACCGACAUCGAUGACUUUUCUGAACCGUCGUCUCCUGUGCUAGAUGCAAGGUUGCACUUGGGCGCAGAAGACGAAGAUACUAUUACCCCUGCACGUGCGCCCGCGCUCAGCCGUGCUGCGACCUCACCUCCUCCUACCCAGUCCAAUGAUGUUGCUCCAGUUGCACCACCUUUGUCACGCACUAGGACGACACCGAACAGGGCCUAUUAUGACAAGACCAGACCCAACACCGCCUAUGCUGGAACUAAAUCGAAAGGCGUAACGAAUGUCCAGCAUCCUCCCUCUCAGCGGAUUGUGGACUCUGGUUACUUUGGCGACCGCGACUUGCGGAAGAUGAAGAGUGCGGGGGAUCUGCGCAAAGGUUCUGAGGUGUUGACACCGGCCCUUGCUGAUACUCCUCCCACCUCUACCCCUAGGCGGCCUUUAAUUCACAUGGCUUCCAGUUCGAACUUGCUCAGCAGUGCUUCUCAAGAAGCAGGCCCGUCUGUGUUGCCUAAGCGGUAUGCUAGUCUUGGUGUAGCUUCAGGUAGCCCUCGUCCCCGGUCGGGCUCGCGGCCGAAGCUCUCGAAUGCGCUUUGGGAUAAGCUCGCAGCGGAAGAGGACGAGGAUGCGGUCCCGGUAACCCCUCCUUCAGCGCGUAUGACUAGCCAAGCGGAGAUAUCACCUCCUAUUGAUCGUUAUGCAGGUGUGAAGUCCAGAGGCUACGACGAUGACGUUCUUGAAAAGGGCAUUGUGCGUCCUCGCAAGCCGAAGGAGGAGAAGGAGAGAGGUAGCAAAUGGGGAUUCUUGAAAAAGAUGUCAAUGAGCAAGAUGAGGACGGACUCCCCAUCCGCUUCCCGUCCGUCGUCUCGACCUACAACCGCGCAAGGUGGCCCUCUAGCAAGUCCCUUCCCCAACGGAACGUCUACGGUGCCAGCUCAUGCAGCUCUGAGACCUACCAACGAUCGCCAACAGUCACAGUUACAACCGGACACUCCACAAAUCGAUGUCCGGAUAUCCACGACGGGUGCUCUAGGCUCCAUCCCAGCAAGCUCCCACAGUAAUACUGCGGGGAAACACUCGCCGAGUAGCAAGUUGGCUCCCUUGACAGGUUCUUCACAUUCCUCGCCUUCGAGCGCUCUUCUGCUACCGACAUCACCUACUGGCAACGCUCGCAAACGAAGGAGCUUCUUGCCCAUAGAUGCGCCGCCGUCGGACUUAAAUAUACCGAUCCCUUCGCCCUCUGCUUUUGUCCCUGGCAUCACUGCUAUUGGCGUAGAUGACGAGCAUGGGAAAGGAGAGAAGCUGCUGUUCAACUCCGAAGGCCAGCAUUCGAAAGCCGAAGACCGUGGACGCGAUGCUUACGCGCGCGCCCUGCGGUCGGUUAUGGCGUAUCUCAAGGACAUGCAUGACCUUGGAUCAUCUCAAGGAAGUAUCCUCAGCGUAUAUGGAUCACCGGUCGUGGAUGGCGGUUCAAGUACGGUGGGGUUCCGUAGACCAACUCUGGUCGAAGGUGGUCGAGUCACAUCAGACGGUUCAAUUGCAUCAACUUCGUCCAUGUCUUCUUCGCAACUCAGGUCGCCAGAGUCGUCGACCAUGUUGCGCGCUGGCAGCGCGACACAGACUCUUAGUGUUGCGACUACGGAGAGCGGGGGCUCCGGACAGGCCGGCGAGGAAGAGCGGAAAUACAAGGACAAUAAGGGCAAACGCGGCAUGAUAGUGCGUGAGAUCAUAGAGACUGAGCGUACCUAUGUCAAGGGCCUCCAAGAGCUGGUGGAUAUUUACAUCAAACCUGCUUGUGCACCAGCAAACGUACUUAGUGGCGUAGGCUCGAACAAAGAAACCGUUGUGCCAGCGGGGGAGCGAAAAAUAGUAUUCGGUGGUCUCGAAGCUUUAUUCUCCUUCCACAAGGAAAGCUUCCUCCCGGCUUUAGAAAGGGCAGCUGCCCCUUUAAUGAAGCCAGCCUCUGCUCUAGCUGAGACUGACGCAGAUGGGCGACUUUCAUCAGAUGCAGCCCGCGCCGUUGCUGGUACCUUCGUCUCACACGCGGCAUUCAUGAAGAUGUACUCUACGUACAUUAAUAAUUUUGAUAACUCUGUCCAGAGGAUAAAGUACUGGUCAUCAAGUCGUACGGUUGCUGCAGGAUCACCGCCUUCCGCAAUGUCACCAUCCUCGAGCACGGCCCAGCUCGUUGGUUUAGGCCUGACUAUGUCAGCGGUAACUACACCGGGUGUCAUGCCUGACGGGACUUUAAGUGGUUCCGCUCCGCUCACUACAAGUCAACGCAAGAGGAUCAAGACAUAUCUGAAGCGCUGUCGCUUGAACCCCCGCCAUUCGCAGUUGAAUCUUGAGGGUUAUCUACUGUUACCUGUACAACGUAUCCCGCGUUACCGUCUUCUGCUGGAAGAGCUUGUCAAGUGUACUGCUCCCGUCAAUGAUUAUACGGAUGAUCCCUUGGACAGAGCCUUAGCUGAAAUCACCACAUUGGCUACUAGCAUGAACGAGGGCAAACGUGAAUCAGAGUCUCGUAGAAAGCUCGUUCAGUGGCAGUCUAGGAUCAGAGGAAAAUUCCCUAGUCCGCUUGUCCAACCUCACAGGCGUCUAAUAAUGGAUGGUCCGCUGCAACUGACUCGGGUGGUGCGUAAAGCGACAGUGCCGUUCGAGACAUUGGACACCCAUGGCGAUGCUACGACUAUCCAAGUCGAAUGUCUGAUGCCCGAAUUGACCCCACGGUCACUGAUGGGUGUCUUAUGCAACGACCUAUUGGUUCUAUGCCGCGACCCGUCAGAGGGACGGGACCCAAACUGUCAGGUGGAUUUAUGGGCUGUGUUACGUAUGCAGACGUUGCCCCAGCCCUGCUCUAUCGUCCACGGGAACGCCCUCCGAAUUGUCGAUAAUAAGGCCAUCUUGUACUUCGACGUCCCUUCUUCGUCUGACGCGCUUAAUUGGUUUAGAGCCAUAAAUCUGCACAUCCCGGCUUCGAAGGCCUGAUCCACGACGCUCCUUUAAAACCCCGAUCCCCAUAUAUCUCACUCCUUCCAUGGUCUUCGUCAUGCGGUUGCCUUCCACAUCUUUCAUCAUAGUGUCCUAUUGUAACACUUACCAUAUUUUAUUGUCUCAUUGACUCGCCACCUUCCUUCUAUGUAUUUUGGACAACAGUAACAAUCCUUGGUCAGCCAAGUAGAGGCCUAUGUUGGGAUUGUUUGACUAUGAUGUUCUUAUUGUAUAGACUGAAUGCCAGUACAUUGGUAUCUAAUUGCCACAAA